GGGCGACGCAUCCCCGGUAGCUCCGGGCUACUGGGCCUGAGGGGGCGAAGCGGUGGUGGGGUGGCCGCUGGUCUGCUGGGCCUCGGGGGCUGUGUGUGCUGUGCCUCUCGGGCUGUGCUCGGUUUUUGAGACGGGGCCAUCCGCCACCCUCGGGGUGUAGAGCCACAGCACUGCAAGCAUGUCGAUUGGAGUGCCAAUUAAAGUCCUCCAUGAGGCUGAAGGCCAUAUUGUGACCUGUGAGACCAACACAGGAGAAGUUUAUCGAGGCAAAUUGAUUGAAGCUGAAGACAACAUGAAUUGUCAGAUGUCCAACAUAACAGUGACGUACAGAGACGGACGAGUGGCACAGCUCGAGCAGGUGUACAUCAGAGGUAGCAAGAUACGGUUUCUCAUUUUACCAGAUAUGUUGAAGAAUGCUCCUAUGCUAAAGAGCAUGAAGAAUAAAAACCAGGGUUCUGGAGCUGGGCGAGGAAAAGCAGCUAUUCUCAAAGCUCAAGUGGCUGCAAGAGGACGAGGCCGUGGUAUGGGCCGUGGCAACAUCUUCCAGAAGCGAAGAUAAUCUUGGUCUUGGCCAACGUGGUUGUUUGUUUUGGGUUUUGGUUUUUUUUUAUUAGGGGGUAUUAACUUGGCUACCUGUGCAUUGGUGUCAGUUUUGUUUAAUAAACGUUUCUGACAAAAAUUUCUUGGCUUUUGUAUGACAGGACUUCUCUGACAUUGUAGGUCAGUUUCAAACUUAAAUUUGCUCUGUUUGGGAAAUAGUGGGACUUAUAUCUAGGUUUGACUACUUUGUAUUUGUGUGUGACGUUGAGUUUUAAUGAUCAUGUUUUCCUUUUUCUUCUUUGGUCCUGUUGCUUUUCUCUAAAGAAUGUGAAGGUGUUCUUGGUGAAGAAUUUUUAAGUAGUAUGUUUUAAAGUCGUAGUAGCAUUUGCCUUUAUAGAACAUGGAGCCAAACAGAGGCAGCUUCCUGAGAAGCAAAGUACUAUGUUCUUUUGUUUUGUAUGGACCUACAGUACAUGGAGGGCCAUCUUCAGAGCUGUGCAUUGACCUUUUAUUCUUGCAUUUUGAAUUUUACUCUUUAAGUACAGGGAGAGUUUUUCAUUAUGAACAUAGAAGUUUGAUAGCCUGAGUCUUUAUUUGCAGUGAAAAAUUUAAGUUCUCUUAGUUCACUUUUUUGUUUGUGGUGUUUUGGUUUUUUUCCCCUCUGUCUGGGAAAAGAAGACAGAAUAUAAAACAGGCAUUUUCAAGGAUAAAUUUGAAAUGUUUUGUACAUUUGAACAGUAGUGCAGAUGUAUGGUGAAAGUCGUAUUAAUGGUUAUCCAUUAAAUACAACUCAGUACAAAUGCUAAUCUUUUGAACAAAACUUAGGAUCAGCUUUAGCUUUUGGUCUUAACAUCUAUACACAGUCAUGGAUUACCAGCUGAUCUGCAGGAAGCCACGUGUAGUUGAAACUUUAUUUUGCAAAAAGUAGAGUAUGGCUGACUUACUGACUUAAAGGGUUGAGAUAUUUCAAUGUAAAACUUCUGGACCUAAUCACAUACUUGCCUAUAAUGAAUUACCAGUCUGUACAUGUACAAUAUAGCUGGUCUUGCUUUUCUGCCCUGAUGCUGUGAAGGCUCUCUUGUGUGCAGACAUGAAAGUUGAACUAAUGUAAUAAUUUGUUGAAUUGUCUGUAAAUAAAGCUGUAUUUGGUCUCGCAUGA